GUCAAGCAGCAAGAGCGGGAAGAUCUCCAUUCUCUUCCUCCUGGACCUCCUCGUCCUCCAUCUCCUCCAUUUUGAUCAUGGCAUCCAAGGCCCAAGGGUCCUCCUCUGUGAAGGCACUGGUUGUUGAGGACAACACAGUUCAAAGGAUGGUCCUCUCGCAGAAGUUACACAAUUUUCAAUGUGAGAUUACUCUCGCCGUGAAUGGAAAAGAAGCAGUUGACCUAUUCCUUGAGGGCAAGAAGUUUGACAUUAUUUUUUGCGAUAAGGACAUGCCCAUCAUGACUGGUCCUGAGGCAGUUGUAAAGAUCCGUGCUAUGGGGGAAACUGAUGUGAAGAUUGUUGGGAUGUCAGCUGAUGAUGAUGCCAUGGAGGUGUUCAUAAGUGCUGGUGCUGAUAUUUUUGUGCCCAAGCCUUUCAAGGUUCAGGAUCUCGAGUCUAUAAUUAAGGAAGUCAUCAACAAGAAGAAGAACACCAUGGUCUAGCACAUUCGAACUUCCUUGAGCGAUGGACGAAAUAUUUUUCUGCUUAUGGAGCUAUGUUUUCUUAUGUAUGCAUUGUUGUGUUGUUUACUUUCAUUGUGUUGUUUAAUUUCUAAAGAUUAAUGUUUAAGUUCGUUCGUUCUAAGCAAGAAGAACAUGAGACUCUAUCCUUCA